CCAUUGCAAGACGUUUCACACGUAGGGGCACCACCCGUACGAACGGCAUCCCAGACAAUGCAGACAAUGCUUCCGAAACUGACUCCCCGGCCGUCCGAGUCAGAGCAAGAUAGCGCUACCGUCCCUAUCAAUCAGACGGAAUAUGCUCAAAGAUGCAGAGAGGUCAUGGAGCUGUAUCGCGCUCUUCAGGAGCUAGGUGCGGAUGGGCUAUUCCCAACUCUACCAAAGAUCAUAGUCAUUGGGGGUCAAUCUAGUAAGGCUGUUUCGUCAAUAUCGAUAGAUACCAGAGUCGUGCUGAUGUCUGUCUUUGAACAGCCGGAAAGAGGCUCGCUUGUCGAAGCUGUCUCUGGGAUUAAUGUACCUCGGGACAGCGGCACUUGUACCAGGGUGUCCGAUGGAAUGCAUAAUGCUCAGUUCAUCGCUAACCUGGUCGUGCACGAUCUACCUCAACUUCAAGUACGCGUCAGAUGGGAGCAACUCGACAUCUCGGACGGAGUGCAGUUUGGGCCUGUCAUCACGGACAGGGAUACGGAGGAUUUCAUGAGCAUGAGCACGGUGGAUCUUCGUAAUCUUGCUACGACCGACUCGCAGAUUCUACCAUUCUCGAGGAAUUUUGUCCAGGUAGAGUUGAGAGAUCCGGACUUGACAGAUUUGUCUUUCGUUGAUCUGCCAGGCAUUAUACACAAUGCUGAUGAAGACAUUAUCGAGCUCGUUCGUAGCUUGGUGGUUUCCUACAUCGAAGAAUCGGAGAACACGAUCGUUCUCAUAACUAUUCCGAUGAGUGGUGUGUUUUUCUUUCCCCGGCACCGGGUGCAUCUUCCUCACAUAUUCUCUAAGGAUCCUGCUGGGGACGCGCACAAUCGGAGUGUUGACCAAGCCGGAUAUGCUCAGCAAUGGGGCCCUCUGGCGCACGGGAAAAAUGGAGAGAGAUUAUUCUUGGACAAGAUCAGAGGCACAAGCUCAAACAUGGCUACUACUGUGUUCGACUCCCGGACGAUGAUGAGCGUAGGCGCAAUAUAUCUAGAGACGAAUCCCAAGCGGCCGCCCAACAGUUUUUUGAGCGCACCUCUCCUUGGAGAGAAUUUUCUGAUCGCAGUCGUUUCGGUAUACAGGCACUUUAUACCGACCCUCAAGGAAAGCGUCAACCGUCUCCUCACUAGUGACAGAGCGGAAUACAGCACCCUUCCUCCACCACCGCCUACCGAUGACGCGUGGUCCCGGAUUAAUGUGCUGAUCCAUGAAUUUUCCGUUGACGUCAAAGCGGCCGUUGAAGGAAAGGAUGCACACAAGAAGCUUGUACAACGCAACCGUGCUAGGUAUGAACAGUUCAAGCGCGAUAUCCUUGGGACGUGCCCGAACUUUCGGCCCUUCGAGGAUAAGACUCAGUAUCGGGAUCCAUGUAUUUGGGAUGAAGAGCUCGCGGGCAAGAAGACCAACCCGUACAUUUAUAUGGCUGCAUCCAGGUAUAUAAUGGAUAUCAAAGAUGUGAGGAAAGAGAUCGAUGACUGUACUACAUGGGAACUUCCUGGCGAUGUUCCUUUGGAAACGACACACAAACUCAUUCAGCGCUUCACGAAGGAGUGGUCCAAUCCAUCCAUGGAGUGUUUCGACGCUUUCAAGCCUCUGGAAAUGCACAUUCGUGCACUUGUGCGCUCACAGAUGGAGAUUUACAAGAGCGAGGCACUCGUUAUGCUCCGCAAGGCUGUUAAACUGGAGACACCACCCGAGUUUACUCAAGUACUGCAUUACUCUAUGGAGCGCUCUAAGUGGCUUGAGCGGUUUCAUAAGGUGUAUAGAACAUCUAGCACCUAUGCUAUACGUCAACCACUGAGCGCUAUUGAUUCCGGCCUGAGGCCCUCUCUAGUCAGCAUGGAGUCGUAUGCAGUCCCAGCUCGGGAGUCAUAUGCAGCCCCAGCCCGAGAGGCGUAUGAAGUUCCAGUCCGAGAGACGACAGAAGACGAAGACGCACUGCUGGUGAUGGCCAAGGUUCGGGCGUACUUUGAGAUGGCUUAUAAACGCUUCAUUGACAACAUUCCGCUCACUAUUGAGCGUGAGCUACAUCAGACUCUUUCAAGUCGUUUGUAUCAGAGUCUUAUUAGGGAUAUGGGAGGGUCGGAUGCCCUUGAGAGGGCUAGGGAUCUGCUUAGAGAGGAUCCGGCAAUCGCGUCAAGGAGAAUUAUCUUACAAGACAGAAUUGCAAGGCUGGAGGAGAUUAGGAGCAGGCUUUAUGCUUUUAGGUGA